AUGGUCUCGACUCCCUAUAUUUCAUGACCCGACGGAGGGCAUUUUCAGUAUUCUACAUACUCGCUGAAACCCAACCCAUCUCCCCCAAGACACCCCGGAGCUCAUUUCGGAGAAAUGGAGAGAGGGUUACUGUGACUGAUUGCAUCCCCUCUCUCUUUCUCUCUCUUCCUUCUUCUUCCUCCUCUUCUCUCCUUCUCUAUAUCCCCUCUUCUCUGCAAAUCCCCAAUCUUUGACGAUCCAAUCGAUCGAUCUCUCGCAGGAAUACACUUAGUUGGCCAUCGUUAGCGGGAUCUCAUUUUCUGAAUUUCUGCCUGUUCUUCGAUUCCAGUGACAGAUCCAGUGUCUUACUUUGCUAUAGGGUCAAGUAAUACGCGUUAUGGAUUCGUGGAGAGGCCAUAGAACUGGUUUAUCUGGCUUCGUUUUCCUACUCCUCGUUUCCACUGUUCUGUUGGGAUUCUCACCCGUUUCUGCUCAGGAAGUUGAGUCUGAGGCGGGAACUCGCCAGGACCUCUCCAACGGAUCUGGUAAAGCACUGAGCCGCCGUAGCAAAAUUUUUGUAGACCACCAGAUCGGCGAUCAGAAUGACCCUCAGUUACUUGAUCUCACUCAAAUCCCGGAAUCUUCUGGUCUUGGGAUUUUCGAUGCUUUCUUUGCAAGUUUGUCAAUGAUCAUUGUCAGUGAGAUUGGAGAUGAGACAUUUAUAAUAGCGGCACUUAUGGCAAUGCGACACCCCAAAUCAAUUGUUCUAUCAGGUGCUCUCAGUGCACUAUAUGUGAUGACAGUAAGCUAGCUGGUCUUUUCUUUUCUUUUCUUUUCUU